UCUGGUUUCACCAUGAAUGUGUUUGACCACAGCGAGACAGACGCUCUCUUCCAGUUCUCCCACAUAUCGCACUCCACCCUGGAGCACUUGAAAAACGUGUACUCAAGCUUGGCAAUUUGCAUGUGUCUGGCCGCUGUCGGCUCCUACGUCUACAUCUAUCUGGUCGCACUCCUGGUUACAGUGAGUGCGGUGUCCCCCCUCGCAGUCCUGGGGUUGUUGAUCUGUCUUGCGGUGGCUACCCUCACGUCACUGGGGUUGUUUAUCUGGUUUGCCGUGACCCCCCAUAACCCUGAGACAGAAAGGAAAAGACUGGCUAUCCUCGAAGGAUUUGCCUUUCUCGCAGGUUUUAGCCUUGGACCCAUACUGGACAGUGUCAUCGCCGUCGAUCCGAUUAUCAUCGUGACCGCCUUCGUGGGAACCUCUGUGAUUUUCAUCUGCUUCACUCUCAGCGCCUUGUGCGACACACACAGGAGCCACCUGUUCCUCCGAGGCACACUCAUGUCCGGCUUUUCUAUCCUGUUACUGGUCUCUCUGACGAACGUGUUCUUCGGAACUACGCUUCUGUUUGAGGCGAACACAUACCUGGGACCGCUCGUCAUGUGCGGUUUUGUCCUGUUUAAUACUCAGCUCAUUAUCGAGAAAGCGGAGAACGGGGACAAGGACUACAUCUGGCACUGUUUGACCUUGUUUCUUGAUUUCAUUAGCAUUUUUAGGAGACUGCUGAUCAUCCUUUCCAAGAAGGAGAAGGACAAGAAGACGGUCUCUGAACGUAUUCUGUGCAAGAUAAUAAAAAGUGUACAAAUGAUGUAUGGGUUUGUUCAUGGUUUUUAUUGUCGACAAUAA